AUGCCGCGACGAGGAAAGAAGAAGGACCUGCCCCUCCACAAGAUCAUCGUGGUCGGUGCGGGAGGCGUCGGCAAAUCCGCCCUGACCCUCCAGUUCAUGUAUGGGGACUUUGUGGAAGAAAAAAAGAUCACAGUCGAUGGCGAAGAGAUGCAGCUUGACAUUCUCGACACCGCCGGCCAGGAGGAAUACGCCGCGAUGAGGGACAACUACUAUCGCACGGGGGAGGGCUUCCUGUGCGUGUACUCUAUCACCAUCGAGGACAGCUACAGACUACUCACCAACUUCCACGAGCAAAUCCUGCGAGUCACCGAAAACGACGGCAUCCCGUUCGUGGUGGCGGGCAAUAAGGCCGAUCUCGAGGACAAGAGGCAGGUGACCAAGCAGCAGGGCCAAGAGCUCGCCCAGAAGUUCAACGCGCCCUUCCUCGAGACGUCGGCGAAGAAGAACACCAACGUGACGGAGGCCUUCUUCGAGCUGGUGAGGAGGAUCAAGGCCUGCAAGAGCGUGGGCAAUGAGGAGGGCAAGAAGUGCAUCCUCCAGUAG